CCGAUGAAUGCGACGUUCCAGCCAGCACAUAAUGUGGUGUCGACUCCGCCCGUCGCUAUUAUACUUUCGUCAAUGCUUUCUUUAUGGAACCGAUUGAUCUAUUAGCAUUGUUGCGGAGCGACGUUGAUGAUACUUCAACCCGGGACCCAGAGCCACUUACCACACCUAUCGAGCCUUUGGAACUGCCUGUCUCAUUCAGUAAUCCAUUCGCGGACAUUGCAAACACGCACGAACAUCUUCCGCAUCCGGAGCAGCAAUAUGGGCCGACCCUCGAGGAUCUGAAUGAGACGCAAACCCAUCAACUUCUGCGCUUCUCCAAACCUCGCCUGCCUGUCGAUCUAUUAGACUCUUCAGGAUGCAAGACGUCGAUAUCGAUUUCUGCGCAGCUCCAUGGCAUGUUCUUUCUUGCCGAGUCUCCAUAUACCAGCGGGUCUCCUCCACUUGAAUUGACAUGCUAUCGAAGGAACUUGUUCCAAAUCUCUGGCAAUGUCGUUCUCUCACGGAACCUCCAUGCUGUCAGGCUGAAGACGGGUGAGCGAAUUCGGAUCGAAAAACAAGAGGUUGUGGUCUCGGCAACAGAGUCACUGGAUGGCAAUUCGAUUAAAAUCGUUUCGGUACCUUGGAAGGCAAAUGCCUCAGAUCUGGCAGUGACAGGCAACAAGAAGGAUAGCAUCCCAUCACGGCGGGCACUGGAUAUGAUUAACGGCCAGGAUGUUGAUUCAGAAUCUGUCGAAUUCCCCAUUAGCUGGAGUCGGCUGCAAUUCAGAACCGCUACUGCGAACAACGGCCGAAGAAAAGAGCUCCAGCAGAAUUUCGUCGUGCACUUAAAUGUUGUAGCGACAUUGGCGACCGGAGCGCAGGUCUCUAUCUGUGAGGUUCAUUCCGGAGCAGUCACCGUACGAGGGCGUAGCCCCAAGAACUUCCAGUCCCGAAAGGAGAUACCUAUUGGGGUCAGCAACAAUCCAUCUAGUAAGAAAGGCCAAGCAGCAGCGACGCGUCCAUUACCUCGACGGCCAGCUAUCGAUCGUGAUACUACGAUGUCAGAUAUCAGUCCCUGCGCACCACAAAGUAUUAGGUCGGCUAGUGUACAAUUUUCGCAACCAAUUUCCUCGCCUACGGAUAACACAGGAUUCGCUUUCCAAUAUGAACCAAACGGCUUUCCGUUAAGUCUCGACUUCCUGGAUGGCUGGGAAAUGCCCGAGAUCGAGACCGGCACAUCACUAGACACAUUACCUUCAAUGUCUCUAAGCACACCCUUCGCACCCUCAGUGACGAACACCCGCCGUCAUACCCAACCACUGAAAACACCAUCUGCACCGGUUCCCUUAUACCUCGUAGAAGAUGAACCCCACAUGCCAGAACCACUGCCAUCGAGGAAACAACCACGCUUGGAAGGCCCACACCCUCCCUCACUCCUGCCAGGCACAAUCUACAGCCCAGAGGAAGAAAGCGCGGAUAUGCUGUACGAGUACUUCCCCCUAGGCCUUGAUGACUGGAUGCCUCGUGUCGACGCUGUGUAUCGUCCUCAUGUCGUGCAUCAGCUUAGGUUGCCGGAGGAUCCGAGGAUGAUUGCUUUGAAUGAUCGGUCGAAGAGGUAUUACUCUCAGACUUGAUGGGGGUGGUGGUAGAUAUGAGGGCGGCGGAUGGCUGGAUGCCUGCUGGUGAUGAUUUCUAUAAAUAGUUACGAUUGAUGAGACAUAUAUGAUACCAUUUGGUCUCGCUUUGACGACCUGAAUGUGACGAUUGUUCUUCUAGAGAGACUUCUGAUCAGUACA